UUAUGCUCAUUAGGGUAGAGCACAAACUUGAGUCUAUAACCUUUGAACAAAAAUUAAACUAUGAGGAUCUAUCAGACUAUUUUUUCCUACAUAUUGACCCAAGUGGCAGUUCCUGAAGAAAACGAUGACUAGUUUUCGAAAAAUUUAACUUUUCAGCGAAUAAGUAGGUGUGCCUCUAACCCACAUGCCACAGUAUAUACUACAUAUGUAUGUACAUAUGUACAUACAUACCUAUAGGUAAUAAAUAAAAGUAAGCUAAAAAUGUCCCAUGCGCCUUUAGAAUCUGCUCUUGGCAAAUGUUUGAAAGAGACGUAAUUUUGUCGCAAUCAUCAUAAUUUUAUUUCCGUCGUGGGAGAUUUCAGUUCCAUUCUUGCUGAAACAUCGGAAACAUCGGUACGACCAAGAGUAUUCGCCAUUUGGAAAUAAAAUUUUAUUUUUUUGAAAAAGUAAUAUUUGUUUGAAAAAGUAUAUUGCACUAGUGAGAACAGUGGAACGCGAUGAGGUCAGCGCUAAUAUUUAUGAUAAUUUGUGGCUGCAUAUCAGCAGCACUUAGUAUCGAAUGCUAUGAUUGCGAGUCGCUGAGCGAUCCACGCUGUAAUCAAUAUUUCGAUCCCGAGGGAGUCAAGCAAACCGACUGUGAUGACGCGGAUAUGCCAGCGUAUUUGCAUAAGUACGAGCGUCGCAUAAAAGCUACCGGCUGUUUAACGAAGGUGCACGAGGGAGUCGCUGAUCGCCGCUUUUACAUUCGACGUAGCUGUUAUUUCGGUGAUCCGGAGGAUGUUGAUGAAGCCUGUGAAGCCCCAGAUCCGUAUGUGCCAUGGGCUAAUUUGAUUUCGUGUUCAGUUUGCACGGAAGACUUGUGCAACGUAAAUGCCCUCAAUGAGGCCCAGCACUCCCUAAGUGUGUGGCAUACACUAACAUUGGUCGGAUUAACUUUAGCGGCACUGGCUUUGAACCGCAUUCAAGGGAUGUUCUAACAAUAGUUUAGGUGUUGUGUGUCUUGUACUGUAUUCUCACAAUAAAGAGACACGAAGUGAAAUUUACUUUAUAAUUCGUCGAUUUUUUUCUGUAUUCUUUUAAAUGCCCUAUUUGUGUUUCUAUACAGAGUAGUUAUACAAGUUUAUAAAAAUAAAACUUCUUAAGGUGAGCGAUACACACA